UUUAUUUGAGAUUGCGUACACACGGAGAUAUAUAUAUUAAUAUAUAUAUAUAUACACGUCUCUCUUCCCCCUCCUCCUCUGUAUUUAUCUCAAACCGAUCCUCAUUCCAAAAAUCAAUUCCCCUAAAACCUCUUCUUCCUUCUCCGCCGUUCCUCUGCAGAAAUUCGCUUCGAUUUGUGUUUUUUGUUCUUCAAUUGCGAAAUUGUGCCCCCAAAAAACCCAAUUCGGAGUUUUUUUCGUUUGUGAAUGGUGGAAAUCUCAGGCGCACAAUUAAUGGUCGUCCCUUCUUCUUCGUCAAGAAGGGGGAUUUCGAUUUCGGUCGCUAACUCUUUCUGCUUUGGAUCUUGCAUGGAAGGCUGGUACUACCGCUGCAUCGGCGUCGACCCCUGAAUUCGUUAAUCGAUUUUUUAAUUUAUUGAUUCUGUUUAAUUUUUUCCUUUUUCCCGAUUUUGAUUGAAUUUUCCGACCUCCUUUUUUCCGUUCCGAAAUUUCAAAACUUUUCAUAAAAAAAAAAUCGAAGAAAAAAAAAUUAAAAAAAAGAAGAAAAGAUGUUGCUUUACAAGCAGAAGAAGAGCCAGCCUUCGAAGGGGAACCGGUUUUUGGUUUGCGUGACGGUUCUCGGAAGUGCCGGACCGAUCCGGUUCGUCGUCAAUGAGAACGAGCUUGUUGCUACUGUGAUCGACACCGCGCUUAAAUCGUACGCGCGUGAGGGAAGGCUACCGAUUCUCGGAUCAGAUCUCAACAAAUUCAUGCUCUAUUGCCCAAUUGCUGGAACAGAAGCUCUGAGCCCGUGGGAGACAAUUGGAUCAGUUGGUGUAAGAAACUUCAUGCUGUGCAAGAAGCCGCAGACGACGGAGGAUUCCGACGAAGUGGAAAAGUCGGCAAUGUCACGAAAGGGAAGUGGAAGCUGGAGGGCUUGGUUUCACAAGUCUCUCAGUUUGAAGAUUUCUUCUCACUGAGAAUUUAUCUAUUUAUUAUUUGCUUCAGUCAAACUCUUGCGUGUUUUUUGUGUGUUUUAAUGUUGUAUUUGAGGAGCAGUUUUCUGUUUUGCUCAUACGAAUAAUGUUGUGGUAAUAAAAUUUGGACUUCCUUUUAUCUAUUUGA